GUGACGUCACACACAAAGCCAUCUAUGGUUGUGCUUCUCAUUUCAAUCAGCCUAUAGUCUACAGAGCGGCGGCAACAAAACUACCACAGAGUGACAAAAAUGAAUGUGGAACAUGAAGUUACGCUGCUCGUUGAUGAGAUUCGUCGACUGGGCAGUAAAAACGCAGAUGGAAAGACCACUGUCAAAUUUGGAGUCUUGUUUAAUGAUGACCAGUGCGCCAACCUCUUUGAAGCUCUGGUCGGAACGCUGAAAGCGGCCAAGCGAAAGAAGGUCAUCACGUUUGAAGGGGAGCUACUACUGCAAGGAGUUCACGACAACGUUGAUGUCAUAUUACUGCAGGACUGAAUUUCACAGUCUUUUCUAAACUUGAGUGAAAAAGUACAAAAAUUUUUGACGUCAUUGCUACAUUUUGAUAUGGAAAUAUACUUGAGAAUGUGACAUUUUUGUAUACUGCAUUGGAAUAUUUUUAUACAGCCAUUUUUUUCUCUCAGGGGAGUGAUUUGCACACAAAGUUUUUUUGAAAAGUAGCAAUCUUCCCUGUUCAGACAGCUCAAAACACAGCCAUACCAUUAAAAUAUAUCAUAACAGUUAUAGUGUGCAUGAUCAUGUUUCUGGGACUUUGGAUGAAUUCAUCAAACAUUGUUUUCAACCUAUUGGAAAUGAAUAUUCACACUAGAUAAUAUCAUUUUUAUAUUUGAUCCAAUUCUGCCUACACUCUUGAAAAUACAGGUUUCAAAAGGGGGUUUUGCAGCGAUGCAAAACCAUUUUUGGUUCCUCAAAGAACCUUUCAGUAAACAGUACUUUAAAUGAAGCAUUUUAACCUUUUGUGGAAUGGAAAGUUUCCAUAGAUGUCAAAUGUUCUUCAUGAAACCAUCAAUGCCAAUAAAAAAAACUUUAUUUUUAAGAGUGUAUGACUGCCCUUUCAACAGUAAUCAUGAGAUUGUUUGUUUUGCUGUACCAUUACUGUGAAAUUAUUGAUUUCAUGCAUAUUCAUUCAAGUUAUAUGUGCCAAAACAUGUCCAAGUCUGAUAAAGGAAUUAUCUGCUGUAUGAUUUUCUGGAAUUAAAUGUUAUAAAAAUGAACCAAGUUUAACAAAUCAUCUGAACUGUUCCAGGGUGAUAUUCUGUUUUAUAAAGCUCUUGUGAAAACAUC